CUUCGAUGUCUCGAUGCUCCUAUAUAAAUGACAUCUUCCUCUUCCCUUCUUCAUCCCUCGCUGCCGCCGCCGCCGCUGCUCCCAUCACACCGCAACUGCUCCGCUCCGGCCGCAGCCAUGGUGAAGUACUCCACGGAUCCCGCUAAUCCCACCAAGUCCGCGAAGGCCAUGGGACGGGACUUGCGUGUGCACUUUAAGAACACACGGGAGACAGCGUUUGCCCUGAGGAAGAUGCCACUGGGCAAGGCUAAAAGGUACCUUGAGGAUGUGUUAGCCCACAAGCAAGCGAUCCCUUUCCGUAGGUACUGCCGUGGUGUUGGACGCACUGCCCAAGCUAAGAAUCGCCAGUCAAAUGGUCAGGGACGCUGGCCUGCCAAGUCCGCUAAAUUUGUUCUGGAUCUUCUCAAGAAUGCUGAGAGCAAUGCUGAGGUGAAGGGUCUGGAUGUUGAUGCUCUCUACAUAUCACACAUUCAAGUGAACCAAGCCCAGAAACAGCGGCGUCGGACCUACCGUGCUCAUGGACGCAUCAACCCCUACAUGUCUAACCCGUGCCACAUUGAGCUGAUCCUGUCCGAGAAGGAAGAGCCUGUGAAGAAAGAGCCGGAGUCCCAGAUUGCAUCCAGGAAGGCUUAGAGAAGGAAGCUUCUCAUACUUCUCCACCUGUUAGAGAUAAUUGUAGCGUCUGGUUUGGCUGAGUGAAAAUUUUGGCUGGUUAUCUGUCGUCUAAAUACUGCUAGUUCAUACUUGUUGAACCUUUGAUGAUCACCCACCUGUAUCUCAUCGAAUCUGGUUCUGUUCUUGAAUAUUUUCCGUAGCAUCAACCAUCUGGUAUGCAAUUCAGCUCGCGUUUGAGAUA